CCAGGAAGUUACAGUUAAAAAAAAAAAAGGAAAGGAGAAUAUUAGGUGGAGAAGGACAGCAGAUUUUGUUGCUCCCCUCCACCAUCUCCUUUGUAUGUUUGUUCCGGUGGCUUACGUCCUGCUGCUCUGAAACCUGUAAGGACCGCACGAAAUUUCAUAAAAAUGUUCCUGUAUGUCCUCGGGCUGGUGGCUCUUUGGUUCGUCUAUCGCUGGUACAGGGAAAGCAAAAGAGUGCCCAACCAGGGAGAUAAAUAUGUCUACAUCACCGGCUGUGACAGUGGGUUUGGUAAUACCCUCGCCAGACACCUGGACCAGCUGGGCUACCGUGUGAUUGCUGGCUGUUACACUGAGAAAGGCGAGGAUGAGCUGAAGAAGAGCACCUCAGAUCGACUGACGACCGUUCACCUGGAUGUCUCCGACCACGAAAGUGUCCGCUCAGCAGCAGCUCUCAUCAAGACAGUGGUUGGAAAGAAGGGCCUGUGGGCUGUCGUGAACAAUGCCGGAGUCUCCCUGCCUUCUGGUCCCACUGACUGGCUCACUAUAGAGGACUACAAACCCAUGUUAUCUGUCAAUCUGUGCGGCGUAAUCGACGUCACGCUGAGCGUCCUCCCUCUCAUCAAGACGUCCAGAGGCAGAGUGGUGAACGUCGCAAGCGUGUUUGGGCGAAUCAGCCCGUUUGGUGGGCCUUACUGCAUCUCCAAGUAUGGAGUGGAGGCCUUCAAUGACAGUCUGCGUUUAAACAUGGCGCCAUUUGGAAUCAAGGUGGCCUGCAUUGAGCCCGGUUUCUUCAAAACGAAUGUGACUGAUGUAGUGUCGGUGAAAAAUAACCUGAGGAUGCUCUGGGAGAGACAGCCUCAGGAUAUAAAGGACAGCUACGGGCAUCAUUUCUUUGAGUCUUCUCUUGAGAUGCUGGAUGAAAGGUUCAGGCUGUUGUCAGACGGGGACCUGAUGAAGGUGGUCGGCUGCAUGGAGCACGCCAUCUCUGCCGUUCAUCCUCGCACUCGCUACUCUCCUGGAUGGGACGCAAAGUUCCUGUGGUUGCCUCUGUCGUACAUGCCGACCUGCAUCUCGGACAGAUUUUUCAUUACAUUUACCCCCAGUUUAAAAGCAUCUUAAUUCGACAUAAAUUCUGUUACAUGAGUUAUUAGAGAAAAUCUUUGGGCUAAUUUGUUACCAUCAGCACUACAAUAUAAAUUUUUUUUGUACUGGAAAACAUGUUUGCCUCUUCGCUGUGUCUUUGUCCAGGACCCCUACAUUAUCAUGCUUACUCUAUUGAUUAAUGUAAAUACAUCUCGGGUAAUUUUCCACAGAAUUGGCCUUUGCUUCUGAAGUCAUAGAUGUUUAACCUUAUGUCACACCUUCACAAGCUUGUAAAUCUUUUGUUCUUGAAGAAUUUAGGCUCUUCUGUUUCCGUUUUAAAUCUGCUCUUCAGAUUUGUAAAUUAUUUCCCUUCAGUAUCAGGAUCCAGAGAAUUCAGUCCAGAUCCGGUCUGUUCUCUGCCUUUGUAACCUUUGGGCUGAUAUGUUGUGUUUUCAGAGUGUGAUUUGAGGUAAAAGGGGAAUGUGAUUAUCAAUAGCAGGGGCCAUGUAAUCUGGUGAAGUCUAUUGCACAACCCCAUGCUGUCGAAACAUUUAGCCCGGCUGUUAAAAUCACUGUGGACCUUGACUCUGUAGAUACACUCAUACAUACAGCUUCACCUGAAGAGUCUACAGUAUUCAGUGAGCACGUGAGGAAGACACAUCUUCAUCUAAACAACUGUAGCCAUGGUACGUUUGCAUUGUUAUUAUGCUUUUUCACUUAAACUAGCGUUAAUAAGCUCUGAUGGUCAUUAAACAACUGGAUUUUAGCUUCAUUGUGUUUAAUUUUUUGAAGCAAAAAAAAUAAGGCACUAAGUGAAGAAGUCAGUAUUUUUUGCACAAGGCAGCUUGCUGCCACCUGGAGGUCAAGAAGAAAAAAAAGAAUUUGUUGUUUUAAAGGAUUAGUUCACUAAAAACACACACAGACAUAAAUGGCUGGAUGUCCAGGUCUCCAGACCUCCACUGCUAAGGAGGUGAACUGGGAUUUGAAAGCAUCAAAAGAUGUAAUCAGGAAACAUCUGUAUUGAAAUUGUUUGAGGACUGCAAUGUUCAGCAGAAUUAAAGUUUGUUGUUAUAUGUUA